AUGACUGGAACCAACAUGACCCCUCACAUAGGAGCGACGCUGCGCAUAUGGAAACAGUUGCAAGAAUUGAAGAACCAAACUAACCCAAUUGUCCUCGAUGGAAACAAUCUCGAUAUUGCCUCCAUCAUUGCAGUUGCCCGCCAUGGAAUCAAGCCUAAGAUAAGCACGGACGAACACCUCGCGAAGCGACUCGAACUCAGCGUCAACACUCUUGCAGACUAUCUGGCAAAUCAAUACGUGGUCUAUGGGGUGAAUACCGGGUUUGGAGGGAGCGCCGACACGAGAACAAGCGAUAUCCUCGAUCUGCAGAUCCAUUUGUUGCAGCAUACCCAGAGCGCGAUCAUCACAGCUGCGGAUAAGGACCCCGCCAGCAAUUCGGAGCGAGAACCCUCCCACGUCAUGCCUCCCGCCUGGGUUCGCGGCGCGAUUGUCGUCCGAGCCAAUCAGAACCUUCGGGGGCAUAGUGCUAUACGAUUUUGUGUGCUUCAAAGCUUGCUGGAUUUGUUACACCAUGACAUAACCCCUAUGAUUCCUCUCAGAGGAACGAUAUCUGCCUCCGGAGAUCUCAUGCCCAUGUCUUACAUUGCAGGAGCCAUUGCCGGCAACCCGGAUGUCUUUGUGCAGGUGGGCAAAGGAAAAGAAGCUAGAGUCAUACCCGCGUCAGAAGCUCUCAAAGAGAGUGGUCUAUCGCCAUCUGGACUGGGACCGAAAGAAGCGCUCGGGCUUAUCAAUGGCACUGCACCUUCUGUAGCGGUGGCAAGCUUAGUACUCUAUGAUGCGCAGAAGCUUGCGCUGCUCGCCCAGAUGCUCACGGCAUUCGCUUCAGAGUGCAUGGGUGGGAAUGUUGAAUGGGCCCAGCCUUUUAUUCAUGCCAUACGACCCCACACUGGUCAAGUUGAGGCAGCUAGCAACAUCCGACGCUUUCUGAACGGCUCCAAAUUUGUCGAUGGUCUGGAGUCGAGAAAGAGAACUGGCGAGGGACUUUGGCAAGAUCGGUAUUCGACAAGGACCGCCCCGCAGUGGAUUGGACCGUACCUGGAGGACCUUCUUCUCGCGCAACAUCAACUGGAGGUCGAACUCAAUUCUACAUCCGAUAAUCCCAUCGUCAACGCUGCAGAACACGGCGGUGGAGAAGUAUACUCGGGCGGAAACUUCCAGGCUGUUGUGGUCACAUCUGCCAUGGACAAGACACGCCUGGCUCUUCAAAUGAUUGGCCGCAUGCUAUGGUCCCAGGUUACUGAGAUUAUCGGUCCUCACACGAAUAAUGGACUUGAAGCGAAUCUCAACCCAAGCGAUCAUGAGAAUUAUACCAUGAAGGGAAUCGAUGUCAACAUUUCAGCGUACAUGUCUGAGCUUGCAGCUUUGGCGCAUCCCGUUUCUGCCCAUGUCAUGUCUGCCGAGAUGCAUAACCAGGGUAUCAACUCACUGGCUCUAAUCUCUGCCCGGCGUACGCUAGAAGCCGCAGACUUGGUCGCCCAUAUGAGUGCCUGCCAUAUCUACGUGUCAUGCCAAGCCGUCGAAAUGCGCGCAAAUCACAUUCGAUUCCUUUCUGCACUCAACGGAAAGCUGAAGAGCAGUACAUCCGACGGCGCAAUGGGUGAUCUGGGAUUGGACACAUCACAAAUUGAGGCGCUCGCCAAAACCCUACAGCCUCUCAUCGAGUCAACAUGGUACCACUGGAAUUCCAAUACAUGGAAAGAAAGAAUACCAUAUGUUGUCGACGCCGUGAUGUCACCUGUCACUGACUUCCUGGCUACAAUUGGACAUGAUUGUUCGGUAUCAAUGCUUGCUGCUUUUAAGAGGCAUUUCAGAACAGUUGUUCAAGACACAGCCGACGCUUUGUUUUAUCCCAGUCCGACCAUCACUCCUGCAGAGGUAGCUGCCCAGCUGGGUGAUGGAUCCGCCCAACUGUACACCUGGGUCCGUUCGAAGCUCAAUAUUCCCCUGCACUGCGGUCUGAAAGAUGAUCCUUUUUACAACGCGCGACAAGGUCUGCCUACAGACGACAAGAAAACCAUAGGCAGCAGAGUGAGCGCAGUCUACGAGAGCUUGAUGAGUGGUGAAAUGAUGGAUAUGGUCCUGGAUGGGCUAGACACUGGUCGGAGCUUUCCUGAUGUCUGUUUCUCAUGCCUGGCACCGAAGUAG